AUGACAUCAUUCCGCCCAGCAAUCGCAUCCAUGUCCCUCGGCCGCGCCUGGCUGCACAACUUCGACACCAAGCUCCGCCAGGCCGCCACCCACGGCUUCGAAGGCAUUGAAAUCUUCUACGAGGAUCUCGACUACCUCGCCAAGGACCUCGCCAGCACAUCCGAUGCCACCCCAACACCGGACCAGCUCCUCCGCGCAGCCGAGCACACGCGUGAGCUCUGCGACUCCCUGCACCUCACCAUCAUCGGCCUGCAGCCCUUCAUGCACUACGAAGGCCUACUCGACCGCGACCAGCAUCGCCAGCGCAUCGAGAAGGCGAAGCUGUGGUUCCGGCUCGCGAAGGUCCUUGGGACCCAGACCAUCCAGAUCCCGGCCAACUUCCUGCCGAAGGAGCAACUGGUAGACGAUCUCGCGGUCGCGGUCGCGGAUAUGCGUGAGCUGGCGGAUUUGGGUGCUCAAGAGCAGCCGCCCGUGCGGUUCGCGUACGAGAAUCUGUGUUGGGGGACGCAUGUUGAUACGUGGGAGAAGGCGUGGGAGGUGGUGCGGUUGGUCGACCGGCCGAAUUUUGGCGUCUGCCUUGAUACGUUUAACAUUGCUGGACGUGUCUGGGCGGAUCCUACAGCGCCGGAUGGGAAGACUCCGAAUGCGGACCGUGAGUUCCAGGAGUCAAUGGAACGCAUGGUGAAGGAGGUUGAUGUGGAGAAGGUGUUUUAUAUUCAGGUGGUGGAUGCGGAGCGCAUGGAGAAGCCGCUUGUCGAGGGACAUCCGUUCCAUGUGGAGGGGAACCCGGCAAGGAUGAAUUGGUCGAGGAAUGCGAGGGCGUUCAUUUAUGAGGAGGAUCGCGGGGCUUACUUGCCGGUGGAGAAGGUUGCGAGGACGAUUAUAGAGGGCUUGGGGUACAAGGGGUUUGUAUCGAUGGAGCUCUUCUCCCGGACGAUGGCGGAGGAGGGCGAGGGAGUGCCUGCUGAGCAUGCGAGGAGGGGGGCUGCGGCGUGGAAGAAGCUCGAGCAGCGUCUUGGGUUGAACAAGACAUGA